GUCCGUAUCUAGUUUACCACAGGAUCUAAUAAUCCACCAUGGACUAUUCACCAUCCGAAUCCAGUGUCUCAAAACGCCUCUCCUGGGGAAAAAUGGUCCAAAAGCUGCUCGAGUUUAACCAACUCGAUGAAAAAGCAAAUAAAAGAAAUUCUGGGUGUUUAUCAGUGGACUCGAUGGAAGAUGACCCUUUAGAAGAGGCUCUGUGUGCAGAAACAGUGGCUAAUGUAUCAGAUCUGCUGACUGACUGCAGUACAGAUCUCGGCUGCUCCAGGCUUGAUGUUCCUCAUGUUUUGCUGGAGCGAAUCGGACAUGAACUACAGCACUUAGCCGCUACUGAACCCUGUGGAAUCAGAGGAGCCAUCAUUGACGUGUGCAUAGACAAAAGCAAGAAGCAUCAGAGUGUGGGACAGAUAUCCGUGGAUCCUGAUAUUGUUCCAACUUUCCAGCUCACAUUUUUACUGCGCCUAGAUCUUGGAGGACUCUGGCCAAAAUUCACAAGCAGACUGAGUAACUCAGUUAAACUGAGUCCAGGCUUCACAGUGGUGAAAAGAAAGCUCUAUAGUUCAGAAGAAGUAUACGUAGAAGAAAUAUGACAUGAAGACAAAGCACUUGUUUUAUUAUAUUUCUAGGUGUUUUGGACAAUCUCUGCAUUAUCCUUUGUUAAAGAAUAAUGACUAUGCAAAUAGUAAUGUAUGGGUUUUACCAUACACCAUUUACAACAGGCAUUAUAGUAAGCUGGUACAGACCAAGCUGUGGAACAGUGUUUUAUGUUUUGAAAAAUGUCCAUAAGUGGACCAAUGGCAGCUAGAUGUUAUCUACCUCAAAAGGGCACUUUUGUCCAACACAUCUUGUUAUUGUACUUUGGUUAAGUGUACUAUGUACAAUUUUACCAAACAGUCAUUAGUUAGGCAUAAGCGUUUGCACAAUAUUUGCACUCAUUACUUGACAAAGUUUAUAAAUGUACACUAGUUAACAUGAUUUUUUUACAGUUUAAAUGUACAAAUGAAAUGUUAACAAAUGUUUACAAUCAAAUACCAUUAAAAGUAUUUUGUACCUGAA